AUGGUAUAUGAAUCGUUGCAUGUGAUCGAGAAGGUGUGGAAGUGGGAUGUCCUGCUGCUGCUCGUGCGCCACAGCUCCGCGCCACGCGACAUUGCCCUGCAUCCGUCAUUGAUGGAUCGAGAGUCUAGAAAUAAUCCAGCUUCAUCCUCUGCUCUCCAGUCACCUCCCCCAUCGACCACUCGAUGCAUCUACUGCGCCUUCCGCUCCCACCAGCACGCUCUCCGCGCUCGCCGCCUUAACCUCCCUCCCCCAGGAAGCCUCCGCCUCCACUCCCAGUCGCAGCGCGCUGCCAGUACAGGCACUCUCAGAUCGAAGCAUCGCCGAACCGAAGGCAGAGAACAUGGCAACGGUAGCACUCGCAGGUCUCCUUCCGGAAGCAAAGACUCUGCGCGCUCAGUCAAGAUCACGAAACACAUUCUCGAUUACGAACCUUCAGACGCUGGGACAUUCCGUCCCCUGACCAAGAACGGGGGCCACAAGGUCACCGGACGAAAUGCCAGAAAUGCUGCCCAACAGCAAUACAGCUUCGACCAGGCCCUCAGCAAUCGCCUGCAAGUCGCAAAGGAGGAGCUCAAGGAUGUCCCGCUCCUCACCCAGCUCCGCAAAGAAGCAGGGGCGAGAGGAGACAAGGCCGAGCCGUUUGAGAAAGUGUGGAAGCGUUUCGUGGCGCCCCUGCGCGGAGAAGCAACACCAUUCAUUGGCUUUGAUGAGAAGAGGAGCGGUGUUUUGAAGGGGCUGCAGGAGGCGUACAGCACGAGAGGACAGAAUGGCUUGGACGAUCGAAUACGAUAUGCGUUCUACGCUGAGCUUACGGGCGCGCGGUUCACGGCGACGGAUAUACGGAAUCAGCAGGCACUAGCCGAUCUGCGGUAUCCGAGCGAGUGGUAUCCGGCGACGAGAGUGAUGCACAGGACGAUACAUUUACAUGUGGGGCCGACGAACAGUGGGAAGACAUACCAUGCACUUCAGCGGCUGGAGCAGGCCGAGACGGGGAUGUAUGCCGGCCCGUUGAGAUUGCUGGCGCAUGAGGUGUACUCGAGGAUGAACGCCAAAGGCAAGUCUUGCAGUCUGAUUACCGGGGAGGAAAGACGGAUCGCAACUCAUCAAGGGACCGACAACAAUAUAGCGGCAUGCACGGUGGAGAUGGCGACUUUGAACAGGACAAUGGACGUGGCGGUGAUCGAUGAGAUACAGAUGAUUGGGUCGGCCGAUCGCGGAUGGGCCUGGACGGCAGCACUGAUGGGCGUGAAAGCAAAGGAGGUGCAUCUGUGUGGCGAAGUGCGGACGAUACCUCUGAUUCGCGAAAUCUGCGCCAGCCUGGGCGAGAAGCUAGAGAUUCAUCACUACGAGCGUUUGAGUCCGCUCAAAGUCGCGGACACCAGCUUGAAGGGCAGGCUCGCUGAUCUCAAGAAGGGUGACUGCAUCGUUUCGUUUUCCGUGAUGGGGAUUCAUGCUCUUCGUAAGCAGAUCGAGAAGAUUACGGGGAAGAAGGUGGCUACGGUGUACGGCUCUCUACCGCCAGAGACUCGCGCGCAGCAGGCCAGACUGUUCAAUGACCCGGACAACGACUAUGACUACCUCGUGGCUAGUGAUGCGGUCGGCAUGGGUCUGAACCUAGCUAUCAAACGGAUCAUCUUCGAGGAAGCCUCCAAAUUCGACGGCACAAGACGAGGACCUUUGAGCGUUGCAGACAUCAAGCAGAUCGCCGGACGCGCUGGACGCUAUCGCAUCGCUGACCAGCAAAUGAAGGAGGCUGACAAACGAGCUGAGCAGCAAGACUUAGCGGCCGCCAAAGGCGAGCCCACACCCCCCUCCCCAUCAACCCUUCCCCCAACCCAAAUAACCCCCGACGACGCCUCCAACGGCCUCGUCACCACCCUCGAAGACUUCGACUUUCCCCUCGUCCGCGCCGCCAUGUCCGCCGAGCCCGACCCCAUCCGCACCGCUGGCCUCUUCCCCCCCGCCGCCGUCCUCGAGCGCUUCUCCUCCUACUUCCCCCCCUCCACCCCGUUCUCCUACAUCCUCACGCGCCUGCACGAGCUGAGCCAGAUGCACUCGCGCUUCCACCUCUGCGGCUUGAAAGACCAAGUCUGGCUCGCGGAUGUUAUAGAGCCCGUGCAGGGUUUGACGGUGGUGGAUCGCACGAUUCUGACGAAUUCGCCCGCGAGUAAGACGGAUUUCGAGCUUUGGAGCAAACUCAUGCCUGCCCUGGCCCGCUGCGUCGCGGAGCAGAAAGGUGGCGAUCUGGUCGACAUCGCCGAGCUCCCGCUCGAAAUCCUCGACGCUGAAGUGAGCGCGAGCCGCGAGUACCUCCGCGCGCUGGAGCGGCUGCAUAAGGGUAUCGUCAGCUACCUCUGGCUCUCGUAUCGUUUUGCCGGUAUUUUCUCGUCCCGCGGCCUGGCUUUCCACACUAAAGGCUUGGUGGAGGAGAAGAUCGAAGAGGUGCUGGGGAAGUUUUCGUUUACUGAAGCUACGAGGAGGAAGUUGGCGGCGAAGCGGGAGAUGGAGGUGUUGAGAGAGAUGGAGAAGGUGGGGGUGGAUGAGGGUGGGAUUGAGGAAGAGGGGGAGGCGAGGGUUGAUGAGGAGGUGGUUAAGAGGGAGGGCUUUGCGCUUGGGCGGGAGCGGGGACGGGAUGGUGGAGAAGGCGGGGAGGGGACGGAGAGGGAAGGGGUGGAAAGGCAGACGGAGUUUGCGUUCGGCGGGAACCGCUUUGGAGGGGAGGAGGAGAUGGCGUUCGAUGACCCGUUGCAGGCGGAGGUCGUGGACGCUGAGGAAGGGGAAGCGGGGGUUGGGGAAACGGAGGGCAAGGGCAGUUUUGCUAAGUGGAGGCGGCAGGAGACCAAGGUCGACUCAACUACUGGUGCAGAAUCCGACGUUGACACCCCUCUGGCCGAUUCUGCGCCAGAGGGUGAAGACGCUGCCCGCGAAGCCGCCGCCAACGACAGAAUAUUCGACGUUUCGAGGGACGAUCUACCCGCUGUAAGCGACGUGCUGCGGGACGAAGCUGGCGCCGAACAGACCUUCAUCCCCGCUGAAGCCAGCGAGGCAGAAUCGGCCAUGAGUCCCGAACAAGAUCCCUCGAACAUCAGCGCUCCAACCACGCCAGAGACCGACCUCGACUCCGCCGCCACCGGCUCCGAGAGUGAAACUUCCGCACCCCCGCUCGAGACGCAGGAAGUUUCGCCCUCGCCGCCUCCCGACGAGCUCCAUGGAGUCGUGAAUCAGGCUCCCCGCGAAGAACGACCUGCGCCGGCGUCUGGCAUGCCGCCGAAGCAUUUGCAUGCGCAUCUUGAGGCGGAGGUGAAGGAGGGGGGGAGGGGUGUUGAGUCACGGCCUUGA